AUGAUGUCUAAUCACCGAAGCCAUGUUCGUCCCUUGCCCCUGCUCGUCACGACGGCAGCGCUUACUGCAGGCUUCGCCUGGAUUUUACUUCUUUGGCGGAAGCGGUCGGCCGCUGCGGAAGAGAGAGAAAUCGCUGCUCUGUUCCGCCAGCUGCAAGAUCUCAGCAAAGCCGUCUGCAUGGUCGUUUCUGAUGCGCGGUCCACCAGCUUCAGCCAGCGAAAUCUAGCAAAGUACUUGACUCAGCGUGGCUUUGAACCAAGCGGCCAAUUGCUUCAGGAUGCGAAGGUACUCGUAAGCCUUUUGAGGGAUGACGCAGUUCAGAAGGCAAAUUCAGGUGCGGAGCGGGGCCGCACCUUUGCGCACGAGCUGAAAAAGUCUGCAGUCGACCCUGAGCGCUUGGCAAAUCUCUUCCCGGACAUCAAGGCUAGCUACGUUCAGCAGCCGCUUGACUAUGGGAGGAACUCCAGAUACGGAGAUCAGUGGCGAAUUUCUUGCUACCUGGUCGUCAUGGAGAACUGGAAGCCGAAGAUUCUGCCCCACGAGCCAAUGCUUCGAUGUCUCGGCUCCGUCAUGUCCGAAUGUGUAAACAUGUUUGAGGACUGGUAUUGUCAGUUGAAAGGCUACAGACUUGGAAGUAAGAAGUUUGGAGUGAUGAAUGCCUUCGUGACCAGAUAUCGCGCAGUGCAUGGAGAAGAUGAGCUGCAGAAGCACAUCGAUGGUGCCAAUGUGGAUGGCUCCGUAAUCUUGGCUCUUCCUACGGAUGAGCCUUUCGAAGGAGGCGCCCUGCAUGUGUGGGAUGGCAAGCCAAAGCAAGAGCUUGUCUACACCAUGGACGCCGGCGACUGUAUCUUCUUGGACACCAAAAUCUGGCACCAAGCAAAGCCUAUAUCAUGUGGUUCCAGAUGGGCAUUAGUCUUAUUCCUGCGACUGGAAAAGGCCCAAUCAUAG